AGCGACGGCAGUGGUGGAGGUGGUGUUGCUGGUGCUGCUAUCGUAAAAGCAUCCCCCAUGCAGGUCGUCGAACAGCCGUCAAAAGCGAGACGCGUACGGUUUCGCGGCCACAUUGGCAAAGAGAGAUGUCAUAACCGUUGAAAAGUCGGAUAUCUCGGACGUAAUUUUUCUUUACCCUAAUUCUUGAUCCUGUCCUCGUUCUAUUCACCCUAUUUUCGUUUCUUACGUUCUUCAAUUGAAUCUUUCCCUUUACCUGCCUAUCUCCUUUCUCUACCUCCCCCUUACUCCUUCUCUCUCUCUCUCCUAUUUAUCUAUCUAUCCUACCUACGUAUCUUUCCAUCUCGCUCGUUCGCUCGCUUGCCUCGUCGUUCAACCCCCAAUGGUGAAUCAAUAAUUAAAGUGACAAAGUGUGGUGAUUGCGCGAUCGUGUUAGUUCAAGAUGUCGGUUAAGAUGACGAGGUAUAAACAAGCUGAGUUCGAGGACGAGGAUAGCAGCAGCAUUGGCUCUGUGGCAUUAAAUAGUGAAGGCAUCAGUACUUCAGCCACUCACAUUAGGUAUUAUUCGGGUACAACAUUAUGGAGAGCAAGAAAUACCUUAGAAAAAUGUCUUUUUAUAAUAUGUACUUGUCUGCUAUUGAUGGUAACGGUACUGUCAAUAGUAAUCAGCGGUAAAAGCGGCUGGAACAAAGGACAAUACGUACACCUUGGAUUUCACGAUGAAAAUGCUAGUUAUUGUCUCACGGAACACUGCGUAACAGUAGCGGCGACGAUUAUAAACAGUAUAGAUCAUUCCGUGAAACCAUGCGACGAUUUUUACGAGUAUGCCUGUGGCGGUUGGAUAAAAAAAAAUCCUAUGCCAGAUGGGAAAAGCACAUGGGGAAUAUUUGGAAAUAUGGAGCAGCAAAAUCAACUUGUGAUUAAAAACGUUCUCGAGAAGCCUUUUAGCGAAAUGAAAUCUAAAGCUGAGAGAAAAGCUAAGAAUUAUUAUCUGUCUUGUAUGGACGCUAAUGAAACCGUCGAGGCUUAUGGAGCUCAACCUUUGCUUGAUCUUUUGGAUACUAUCGGCGGUUGGAAUAUUUCUGGGAACUUUAGCAUCGAACGUUGGUCUUUACAGAAUAGUAUGCAUAUAUUACAAAAUGUUUAUAACAUGGGCGGAUUGUUUUCUUGGGCGGUAAACGAGGAUGAUCGUAAUAGUAGCAGAUACAUUAUUCAGAUUGAUCAAGGUGGACUCACUUUACCAACGGCUGAUAAUUAUUUGAAUGUUACCGAGCAUGGUAAAGUAUUGUCGGCUUACUUAGAGUACAUGACGAAGAUAGGCGUAUUACUUGGAGGAGAGGAGAAUUCGACGAGACGACAGAUGCAAGAUGUGAUAGCUUUUGAGACAAGAUUGGCGAAUAUUACGACGCCUCAGGAGGAACGUCGAGAUGAGGAGAAGCUUUAUCAUUUAAUGUCGUUGAGCGACUUACAACGCAAAGCAAAUUUCAUGUCAUGGGUGGACUUCUUCCAAAACGCCACGCGUAUAGUCAACAAGAAGAUUAAUAGCAAAGCGAUGAUCGUUAAUUUUGCCCCUGACUAUUUCGCUAAAUUGACGGACCUGGUGCACGAAUACAAUAAAACGAAUGAAAAAAAAAUAAUACUGAAUAACUAUCUGGUUUGGCAGACCGUGAGGUCCCUGACGGUGUUUCUUUCGAAGCCAUUUCGCGAUGCUUACAAGGUCCUGAGGAAGGCUCUUGUCGGUUCAGAAGGAAGGGAAGAGCAAUGGCGCUAUUGUGUUACUGAUACAAAUACUCAGAUGGGAUUUGCGGUUGGAGCUAUGUUCGUUAGGGAAGUGUUUCAUGGGAAAAGCAAACCUAUGGCAGAACAAAUGAUCGAUGAAAUACGUCGAGCAUUUACAAAGAAUUUGAAAAAUCUUCAAUGGAUGGAUGCAGAAACAAGGAAGGCAGCAGAGGAAAAGGCUAAUGCGAUUACCGAUAUGAUCGGUUUUCCAGAUUUUAUUUUGAACCCUAGUGAUCUUGAUGAGCGAUAUAGGGAUCUAUUAAUUAAACCAAACGAAUACUUCCAAAAUAACAUAAGAGUGAGCAAGUACACAUUAAAAAAGGCUCUCGAAAAACUUGAUCAAACUGUAAAUAAAACUGCUUGGAUUAUGUCCCCAUCGAUGGUGAAUGCUUAUUACACCCCAACGAAAAAUCAAAUAGUAUUUCCCGCUGGAAUUCUUCAGAGUCCUUUUUACGACAUGCAAAAUACUGAUAGCCUUAAUUAUGGUGGUAUUGGUGUUGUAAUGGGUCAUGAACUCACUCAUGCUUUCGAUGAUCAAGGUAGAGAAUACGACUUACAUGGUAAUCUGAAUAGAUGGUGGAACAACGAUACAAUAGAGAGGUUCAAUAAUAGAACGGAAUGCUUUGUAGAGCAGUACAAUAUGUAUGAGGUGCAAGGUCGCCACGUGAAUGGACGUCAAACUUUAGGAGAAAACAUUGCUGACAAUGGUGGACUUAAGGCAGCGUAUCACGCUUAUUUAGCAACAGUUAAAAACGAAAAGGAACAAUUGCCAUUACCUGGUCUCAACCUAACGCAUCGUCAAUUGUUUUUUAUCAAUUUCGCCCAGGUGUGGUGUUCUGCUGAAACUUCUGAGUUGACAGCCCUUCAAAUUGAAAAGGAUUCUCAUUGUCCACCGAAAUAUAGAGUGAUAGGUCCUCUGUCAAACAUGGCUGAGUUUUCAACUGAGUUCAAUUGCCCUGUAGGUUCAAGAAUGAAUCCGGAAUCGAAAUGCGAGGUUUGGUAACGUAUUGGAGUUAGAAGCGGUUUAACAUCUAUCUUGUUUGAUGGAAUAUCCUUGUUGUAUGUAACACCGUGCGAAUAGAUCGUCGAACUUCCUUUUAGAAAAAUCUCUUUAAAUGUCAGUCGACGAAGAAUUCGUCUUAACGUGAAUUCAAUGAACUUGUGAGUUACUAGUAUCACCGUCAGAAUCAUCGAUAAUAAGGCCGAUCGUUCUUUUUUUCCAAAAGUUUUCAACGAGAAAGUUACGAGCGGUCUCGAAAGAAACGUUAAAAAUAACGGAAAAUUUUAUGAUCUUAAAAUAUAUGUAAAUAUGCAUCUUGAAACGUAUACAGUGAAUCACAAGAGUAUUCGUCUCCGCUCCCACGGUAAAUUGGAAAUAAUUAAUGUUUACUUAUGUAAUGUAAACUUUCAAAAUUCCUUUGCAUAGAAACAUAUUUUAGGAUAUUAAUUACAGAAUACGUUUUAUUGUUAGAAAAAUAUAAUUUUACUACAUAAAACAUAAUAAAAAAAGAAUUAUUAUGUUUUUAAUUAAUAUUUGGUUAACUUUUUCUAGCAUUUUAUAAGCUAUAAUAAAAUGCUCUUUUGCAUAUCAAUUUAAAAGUUAAAUUAUCCAAAAAUAUUUAUCUGUGCAUAAUAAUUUAGAAAUAUUGUAUUACAAGAAAAUAUUGAUUGUUUUAAAUUGACAGUGGGGGUACGAAUACUCUUGUAACUCCUUGUAUAUAUUUAUCUAUGUAUGUACGUCAGUACAAAUGGAUGACGAACAAUGAGCUUGGCUCUGUUUAUACGGCUUACAAUAAUUAUCUGUAUUUGAAGAUGGUUACUACUAUUUCCAUGCGAAUUAAAUUCGUCCAAUAGUAUUCCGAUCCUUUUGAAUCGUUGAUUGGCUACAAGGAGAUAAGACGAUCGAAUGCCUAAUAAGUAACUGUUGAUUAGUCGAAAGUCGACGAAUUAUAAUAAUAACAAUAAUAAUAAUAAUAAUAAUAAUAAUAAUUUUUUUCCGCAAAGUGUCUUGCGACUAAUCGAUUCAACGAUUCGAAUGUAUCGAGUAGUAUUCAUGUAAUAUUGGUUCUUUGCGAAUUUCAUUAUGGACUCGAGAUAGUUUAAAAACUUGAGAUAGUUGAAAAUUGGCUUAGAACCACUUUAACGAAUUAUUAGCUCUUUUUAAUUGGAUUAUGUUUGAGAAUUGCAUUGUUAGCUCGAAUAUUUCUCAAACAUUUUACUUAUCAAUGCAUUUUCGUCCACGGUUCAUCGAGAUCAACGAUCGAGAUGAAAUCAAUCCAAGAAGGUUUAUCAAACGAAAACAGAUCCUUUUUCACUUUUAUACUUGAAAUAAUUCUCGGUGCAUUACAACACUCGACAAAUGGACUUUUUAAAUUCUACUGUUUUACAAAUGAAAUUAUUUUUAAUAUUGUUAUAUUUUUACUAUGUAUCGCGUAUACUACUUGCGUGAUCUUUUGUGGCUUUUACAAUCGUGUACAUUUUAUUUAUUUUGGUUAUUUCUUUUCUUCUUUCACUUUUCUUCAAUGAAGAAUAUUGAUUAAUUUUUGUUUGAGAUACGCUUGCUCUCGAUUAGACCCAACGAUCGAUGUUGUCGAUGGACCGAGGAAGAGACAUACCAUUAUGGUGCCAUAAUUUUGGCAGGCAGGAUCUAGUAUUAUAUUUAAGAAAUUUAUUUUAUGUAUAAAGCUAAGAAUACUUAUCUAAUAUAAAGUAUAAGAUCGAGGUUAGACAAUUUGGUGAUAUUGGAAGAAUUUGGAGAUUAACAUCGUAAAGAGAUUAUAGAUACAUUUGAAAGAAAAAAAAAUAUUUUUCAUGUAUUAUUCAAGCGUUUUCAUUAUAAAGGUAUAUUUCGAUAUACGGCGUUUGAACGAAUCAAAUAUACGAUUUUUUCAUGCGUAAAAUAUGAAUGAUUGCAAGUCAAAGUAGACAAGAAAUAACAAAAUAGUAUGUUUAUCAAUGAUAACGCAUUUUUUCUUCGUAGCAAAAAAAUCGAUUUAAUGUCUACACGAAAAAAAAAAAAUAUUAUUUUAUCAAUUCGAAGUAAACUAUGAAGAAAUCGUUGUUCGUCACAAAUUAUCUCAUCGUUAGACAAGAAUUAAAAAGUAGGAUGCAUUAUGAAGAGAACAAGUAACAAUGAUCAUAAGAUCGAUCAAUUUUUCAUAGAUUUGUUCCAAAUAAGUAGUUCCUUUACUGUUAUUUUCUUCAAAUAGUAUUUUUUCGCAAUCGAUUAAUAGAGAAAAGAGAACUAUAACAUGCGGAAGUUGUUUAAGAAAUAAAUUAUUUUAUAUUGCGAGAAGUUAGAAUUAUCCGUAAGCAGAUCGAAUUGCGAGAGAGUUGAUAAGACAGUAUUAAUACAGUACCUAACGAUAAAUCCAUAGGCGAUAGGUGGUGUUUAUAGUGAACAACAAUAAUCGAUUACGUGGUAGCCAAAUUGAACAAAUGAUAACUGUAAACAAUAAAAAAAAGAAGCUAUAAUCAAACAGUAUGAUGAUACUUCUUGGCUCGUCCACGAUUAUCGGUUGGUGCAUAUUUGGUAUGGUGGUUGAUACAUUACUGGAUGAAAGAUGAUAGUUACUAAAUAGUAAAUUAUUCUAUUUGAGCAGCGAUGAUCACUUAUCUAAUAUUCGGUGCAGAUUGUAUGUAUGAUCAGCGACAUAACUUACAAAUACGUUAGCAGGAUGUCAAGGAUAUUUUUAUGCUUAAUUAAUUAUCGUUGAUUCUAGUCGGUAAAAAAGGUCACUAAAAGUUAUGUAUACAUACAUGCAUAUACACACAUUUACUUUCAGCCAUAUUUGUACAUUGCCAUACAAGUUUUAAAAAAGAAAUAAAAAUAUUAACUUAUGUCUAA